GAUCGGUCUGUCCGAAUAGAAGAUCUCGGGGAGCGCGACGGGUCCAGAGCGACGUCACAGGCUCGCAGCCCGCCGUUAGCCAGCUCGGACCUCCACGGACCUCCACGGACCCCCACGGACCUCGACGCUCUGGUGGACUUCGGGGGGGUCAACCGAAGCCAGUAGCUGUGGAGGAGGACCCUUUCAUUCCACGCGAAGCAAGCAGCCGGGGAGGGUCGGAGGCGGGGCGGGGCGAGCGAGCGAGCGAGCGAGCGUCUGUGACGCCGCCGGGUUCGGCUGGAGGGCCGCGGAGAGAUCAGUUGACUUGAACGGACCGGAAUCCUGGGAUCGAUAAGUGUGUUCGGAUGGAGAAGAGGAGGUCGGACUGUCCGGCGCUGCCACCCGGCUGGAAGAAGGAAGAAGUGAUCAGGAAGUCUGGCUUGAGCGCCGGCAAGAGCGACGUUUAUUACUACAGUCCUACAGGGAAAAAGUUCAGGAGUAAACCUCAGUUGUCCCGUUAUCUUGGAAACUCAGUGGAUUUGGCAUGUUUCGACUUCCGGACGGGAAAGAUGAUGCCUGGCAAACUUCAGAAGAACAAACAGAGACUCCGACAUGACCAACUCAUUCUGGCAAAGGGUGGUAAGCCUGACCUGAACACGACUCUGCCCAUCAGACAGACAGCAUCCAUCUUUAAACAGCCUGUUACCAAGGUUACAAGUCACCCGGGAAACAAGGUAAAGACAGACCUGCAGAGAGCGACUGAGCAACCCAGACAGCUCUUUUGGGAGAGAAGGUUGAAAGGUUUGCGAUCAUCGGAUGUCUCAGAGGAAGUUCUACGUACAAUGGAGCUACCUAAAGGCCUCCGGAGUGUUGGUCUAAACUCCAAUGAUGACACUCUGCUGUCCGCCAUCGCCAGUGCUCUGCACAUGAGCUCCGCUCCGAUCACGGGACAGACAUCGGUGGCCGCUGAGAAGAACCCAGCGAUCUGGCUGAACACAUCCCAACCGCUCUGUAAGGCCUUUACCGUGACUGACGAACAAAUCCGGGAGCAGGAGCUGAAGGUGCACCAAGCAAGGCGGAGUCUGGAGGAGGCACUGAUGGCUCACAGCUUGGCACGGGCGGCUGAGAACAGCAGAGAGGUGUCAGAAGGGAAGGCGGCUUAAAGACAAAGAAGAAGAAAGUAGGAGACGGGAAAACAUAUUUACUCAUAGUUCCUCAGGUUUAUCACCGACUUCAUCUGGACCGAAACAACCAACCAAAGUGUUGCAACUUCCCGCUUGGGACGAGUCGUUCCCCUGGCGGACAUCGCGCAGAAAUAUCUCAACCUUAGGGAAGCCUGUCGUUAACAGGAAAACAAUGGGGAAGCAGAAAUUUGAAAAAGAGCAAGCCUCGAAAGUCGUCAAGUGAUCAAAACGUUCCACCAACUUGGGAAUAAGCUCUUAAAUGUGUGUCCGUUUUGAAAUUGUUCUCUUCCCCCCUAUUCAACGAAAUCAGGUUGCAAACUGCUGGACGGCCUUUGCUAACUGCUUAAACUCAUCCUGUGCUCUUGGAUGAAUUGUUUGUGAUGUCCAAAUUUUGUUCAGAGAAAAUCAGGGGUUUUCAUCAAAUAAUGCAUUGGCAUGAAUAGGAAACUUAUUUAAUGCAAAUUUUUUUGUUACCUUGACAGAACAGUCAUGCCAAUUUUUAGGAAUAGAUGAAAUAAAAGAUUAUAUUUGCAAA